AUGAAUUGGACUCGCACUAAUCUGACGGGCACUUUGGUUGAUAACCAACCACUGUUACUCCCUCAAGCCGGCUCAUUUCUAAGCACAACACAAUUAGUAAUCAGUACUUUAUCGCCUUUUCUUGAGCUGGCACGAAUCAUUCUAAGCAUCAUUACUUUUCUUCUCGUGCAUUUUUCUCCACUCUAUCGAACUACAUCCUUUGGUUUGCACAUCCGAUGUUUAGCUGUCUAUGAGGCCUGUCGUAUCAUCGAAAGAUUAUUCUAUUGGUUUCCUCCAUUAUCUCUGUUUAUGCCCAGAUACAAAUAUACUCGUUGCAAUCUCGCUUUUUUCCUUCAAAAUUAUUUUUCACACUUAUCCGUCGUUACUAUUGUUCUUCUCUCGAUUGAACGCUGCAUUAUUCUAUGGUCACCAUUCCGUGCGAGAUAUUUAACCACGAUGCGAAAUGCACUCAUCGAAGAAUUGAUCAAUAUGAUAGCCAUGUUUAUUGUCACACAUUUCUAUUUAGUUCCAAAUUACUUUGCAUCCAUGGAUUUCUCCCGGUGUUUCUAUUCGAAAAUCUUCCACAUUUAUCAUUUGAGUUUGGUUUUCGACUACAAAUUCUAUGCUAUCGCCGACAUUAUCCUCUUUUCUCUAUUACCGUGCUCAUUAACAACGAUCUCAAUUGUUUUAAUUAUCAUCGGCUUGAAGCGUCAUAAACGCCAUCAGAAAUACCUACGAGCAAAUGGCCAAGAACAACAGCAGCAGCAACUAGGAACAUCCAUUUAUGAAACAAGUAUCAUCCUUAUUGCUAUUGCGAUUCUACAAGUAACUACAACAUUUCCGUUACGAAUGCUUCUGUUACUAAGAUAUUUCAUUCCAAUCGACUUAGACUUCUAUACAGGUUUAUAUUACAUCUUAUCAUUCAAUGAGUUACUUGCAUCGGCCCUGACUUUUAUUGCAUUUGUGUUGCCAUUUCAAAAUAGUCGUACGGAAUGUACGAAAGUUUUCUUUGCAUUUUGUUUCUUUCAACGACAACGUUCCUCAACAACAGCAUCAACGUUACCCCGAAUUGCAGUUGUUGGCUCCGGCAAUUCAUGA